GGGAAGCCGGAAAAAAAAAAACGCGUCUUCACCACAACGUCACACAUUUAUCCUGAGAGAGGCUCAACAUCAGAAAGCGGUCUCCAGCGAAAACAAACGCUUUCGUAAAUGAAGGGAGAGCUCCGGGAUCGCGGUUCACACGGACUCUUUUUUCAUUUUUUUAUUUAUUUCUUGACACAACAAAGGAAAUAAUAAUUGGACAAAAACAACGUGGUGGUGAAGCAAGAAGGGAAAACACACCGAAACAGCCUCCCCCCCUUUUUUUUCUCCUCGCAAGACGUAUCCAGAAAGGGACGGGAGUUUGAACUGUUUUUCUUUCUUUCUUUUCUUUUUGACCAGAGCACGUUUUAUUUUUUUUCUCCAGAUAGUCGGAGACAGGAACACGGCUAUCCUUUUGCGUGUCUGAAAACUUCAGACUGACGAAAAUCAGCACUUAAUGUGGGGGAGCAAAUGGCCAGGCAGCGUGUUUACUAGAAAAGCUGAAAAUAAUUGAUUUGAGUGCUUGUAGAGAGUGUUUUUUUUUUUUUUUUGUCUUUUUUUCCCCCUCCCCUAAGUCUUUUUCCCCAGCUGUGGUUCGCAGGGAUUCAGACAGAGGAAGAAAGGAGUGAACCAGAACUGGAGAGAGACAGGAAUGAUAUGGCCCAGACCCCAGCCCAGUGAGCACUUGCAUGGAAACCCUGCUUUCUUGGCAGCCUCCUCCUCCUCUCCCUAGCGCUAACAGCCAGCAUGGCAGGAUGAGCUUCUGCCAGCGAUGAUGAUGGCCAAAAAACAAGAUGUCCGGGCACCCACCUACAACCUGGUCAUAGUUGGGCUGUCCGGCACAGAGAAAGAGAAAGGCCAAUGUGGCGUGGGCAAGUCCUGCCUCUGUAACCGCUUCGUCCGGCCAAGUGCAGAUAACUUCUACCUGGACCACACUUCGGUUCUGAGCACCAGUGACUUUGGAGGCCGCGUGGUGAACAAUGAUCACUUCCUGUUUUGGGGAGAGGCUGGGAGGACGAUGGAGGAGGGUCCAGAAUGCCGUAUGAAUGUGGUGGAACAGACAGAGUUCAUUGAUGAUCAGACAUUCCAGCCGCACCGUAGUACGGCACUCCAGCCUUACAUUAAGAGGGCAGCCUCCACCAAGCUGGCCUCAGCUGAAAAGCUGAUGUACUUCUGCACAGAUCAGCUGGGGCUGGAGCAGGACUUUGAGCAAAAACAGAUGCCUGAAGGCAAGCUAAUGGCAGAUGGGUUUUUACUCUGUGUGGAUGUUAGCAGGGGUAUGAACCGUAGCUUUGAGGAGCAGAUGAAGUUUGUUGGCAAUCUGUAUAAUCAGCUAGCUAAAACGAAGAAGCCGGUUGUACUUGUUCUCACCAAAUGUGAUGAAGGAGUUGAACGCUACAUUAAAGAUGCUCAGAGUUUUGCGCUCGCCAAGAAGAACCUGCAAGUGGUAGAAACAUCAGCACGCUCUAAUAUCAAUGUUGACUUAGCUUUUCUUACACUGGUUCAGCUAAUAGACAAAGGUAGGGGGAAGCCCAAGAUUAUCCCUUACUUUGAGGCACUAAAACAGCAGAGUCAGCAGAUUGCCUCAGCCAAAGACCGCUAUGAGUGGCUGGUUAACCGAAUUGUGAAGAACCACAAUGAGACUUGGCCUGCUGUCAGCCGCCGCAUGCAGACGGCUGCUGAGUACAAGGAUUACGUUUUUCUUGAGGGGACGGCUAAAGUCAAGAAGCUCUUCCAGCAGCAUGUGCAUAGACUUAAACAAGAGCAUAUAGAGAAACGGAGGAAGGCCUAUCUAAAUACUCUCCCGCAGGCCUUGUCCGUACUUUUACCGGAGUUGGAUGAGAUAGAUCACCUGAGCUGGUCUGGAGUUCAGAAAGUCCUUGAGACAAAGAGAGACUUCUCUCAAUGGUUCGUCGUGUUAGAUGACACCCCUUGGGAGACCACACCCCACAUUGAUAACAUGGAAGAUGAUCGAAUCCCCCAGGACCUCUUGGAGACUCCUGCAGCUGAAACGGUCUAUGACACCCAUCUGGAGCAGCUAAGGAGAGAGCGCAAGCGGGCUGAGAUGAGAUGGGACUUCAAGGAAACACUAAGUAUUUCUCCUUUCAUCACACCAGGAAAACCUUGGGAGGAGGCCCGCAGUUUCAUCAUGAAUGAAGAAUUCUACCAGUGGCUGGAUGAGUCUGAAUAUUUGGACAUCUACAACAAGCACCAGAAGGAAAUCAUUGAUAGGGCCAAAGAGGACUUUCAGGAACUGCUUCUUGAAUAUUCUGAGCUAUUUUAUGAGUUAGAAGUGGAUGCAAAACCAAGUAAAGAGAAAAUGGAGGCCAUUCAGGCAGUGUUGGGUGAUGAGCAAAGAUUUAAGGCUCUGCAGAAGCUUCAGGCUGAAAGGGAUGCUCUAGUAUUGAAACAUAUCCACUUUGUCUACCAUCCGACAAAGGACACCUGUCCAAACAGCCCCCACUGUGUGGACAGUAAGAUAGAGCAGAUAUUGGCCUGCAGAUUCCCAACCCGCUACCCAUCAUCAGACAUCACAAGACUGGAUGGUGGGAGGUCAGAGCGGAUAAAUCUUGUCAUUCUGGGAAAAGAUGGGCUAGCCAGAGAGAUGGCAAAUGAGAUCAGAGCCCUAUGCGGCAGUGACGAUCGGUACGUGUUAGAUGGCAGGAUGUAUGAGUUAGCCCUUCGCCCCAUAGAAGGCAAUGUACGUCUGCCAGUCAAUUCCUUCCACACGCCUACUUUCACACCACAUGGCUGUCUGUGUUUAUACAACUCAAAGGAGUCCCUCUCCUAUGUUCUUGAGAGUUUAGAGAGGCUUAGAGAAUCAACCAUAAGCAGAAGGGAAAGGGAAUACAGUUUAUCCCAUCUCCCACUGUCCCUCCUUCUGGUCACUAAGCGGGGGGUGGGGUCCAUAGGAGAUAUUGGAGGGGAGACGGCUCAAACUCUUAUCCAACAGGGGCAGCAUGUGGCUGCAAAACUACUGUGUGCCUACCUGGACCCUGCAUCCCCAGGCAUGGGUUAUGGACGCAGCGUCAGUGAAAAGCAGAUCACCCAGAUGCUGAGGAACGUCCUAGAGUCACGGAGAAACAUUGGGAGCAGCUCCCCCCCAUUACCUCCUCCAUCUUCUACCUUUAGAGAAUCUCAGUCCCAGCCAAUAGUCGAGGCAGAGCCAAGGAUUGUCAUAUGCCUGAUGUGUGGAGACACGUAUGAUCUAGACCAGCUCCUCGCUCCCUUCCUUUUGCCCCAGCAUUGUCGUCCUGCGUCCAGCCUCAGCAGCGGCACGUCCGUUCUCCUGGAUCUCAAUAUAGGAGGGCAGAGGCAGAGCGUAGAACUGUCACUGCUCUCCUUCCAUUCCUCAUUCUCUCUGCGCAAGACUGGACUGGUCCAUGGCUACAUUGCGGUCUACUCUGCCCGCCGCAAGGCGUCUAUGGAGACUCUGUGCGCUUUCCUGUGUGAAGUCCAAGACAUCAUCCCAGUUCAGUUGCUGGCAGUAGGGGAGAGUCAGAUGGAGCUGUCGGACUCAGAAUCGGCUAAGGAACAAGUUGGUCAGGGAGAAGAGCUGGCCCACGAAAUAGAUGCCCGGUUUAACUCUGUAAUAUGUGGGCAUGGUGGGGUAGUUGGGGGACUUCAUAAGAUAGACCUUUUCCAACUAUUCUUCAAAGAAGUGAUAGAAAAGCGCACCAUUGUUGAGGCCUCACAUAUGUAUGAUAAUGUGGCUGAGGCAUGUACCAAUGAGAGCACCGGUUCCCCCAGUCCAGUCCAAUCCAGUCACAUGGACUCAGAGGACGAUAUUGAUCCAUCACCACCUUACCCUACACUUAGGGAGGAUUUUAGUCUUAGCUCCCACCUAGGAAGCUUCAAGCUGCCAGAUCUGGAGUCGAAUGAUCCAUUCUCCGUCAUUUCUGAGAACAGCUCUUUUGAUAUUAAGCUCAACAACAAGGUUCCUCCACAAGUGAAGCCCAAGCCUGUCCGAAAGCUUAACCAUAGUCCUUACUCGGACCAGCAGGGAGGCACCAACCGACGCUCCCUGGCCCAAGCUGUCACCUGGGCUCCAGGUAGUGAGGGUGGUUAUGACCCGUCGGACUACGCGGAGCCCAUGGAUGCCGUGAACAAACCUCGACCAACAGAGGAAGAGAGUAUUUACUCUGUCCCCCAUGACAGCACGCAAGGCAAGAUCAUCACCAUCCGCAACGCUAACAAAGGUCACUCUAAUGGAAGUGCUGGCGGCAAUGGGUCGGACAGUGAGGCGGAUAGCAGCUCGCUGGAGCGCAGGAGAAAGUUGUCUGGGGUAAAGCCUAAGCUUUACAGAGACCGAUCUAAGCGCCUUGGGAAGUUCAGCAGUUUCAGGGCAAGCUUCUCUAUCGGCAGCGACGAUGACAUGGCAGGUCCACCCAAGACCAACCAGGAUCAGGGGCCUCAGAAGGACAACCUCAUUGAGGAGAUUGAGAUUGAUCCUAAAAAGAGAAAUAUCCUCCAGACCCUACGCAUAACUACAAAGAAACAACCACGUGCCAAACCCAGGCAUUCCAUCUCAAAACCCAUUGAAAGCAACUACUUUGGCCUGCACCUUAACACUGUGGUCACACUUGAGAGACCAAUCCCAGUCUUCAUCGAGAAGUGCAUCCGUUUCAUCGAGACAACAGGGAUAAGCACAGAGGGCAUCUACAGGGUCAGCGGGAACAAGUCAGAAAUGGAGAGCUUGCAGCGCCAAUUCGACCAAGACCACCAUCUGGACCUGGUAGAGAAAGACUUCUCCAUCAACACAGUAGCAGGAGCCAUGAAGGCCUUCUUCUCCGAGCUGCCCGACCCUCUGGUGCCCUACAGCAUGCAGGCGGAGCUGGUGGAGGCCUUCAAGAUCAACGAUAGGGAGCAACGCCUUCAGACGAUGAAGGAUGUUCUGCGGCGCUUUCCGAGGGAGAAUUACGAGGUCUUCAAAUAUGUCAUCAGCCACUUGCACAAGGUGAGCCAGAGCAACAAGCUUAACUUGAUGACCAGUGAGAACCUGUCCAUCUGCUUCUGGCCCACGCUCAUGAGACCAGAUUUCACCACCAUGGACGCUUUGACCGCCACCCGCACCUACCAGACAAUCAUCGAGAGUUUCAUCCACCAGUGCUCGUUCUUCUUCUACAAUCAGCCCCUCGCUGACGGCCUCCCCGGCUCCCCUACUUCCACACUCUCCGGAGGAGGAACCUCCGCCUACUCCUGCAUGGCUGGAGGCUACUCAUCCUCGCCAACGCCGUCCCCAACUCCCUACAUCCGCCCCUCCACCCCUCCCGUCAUUCCCCAUUACGGUCCUCCCAUCCAUCACCACCACCACCACCACCUGUCCCCAUCGCACUCCCCACCUCCCACUCCCCAGUCCCCGAUUCCAGCGCUGCUGCCGGCCUCCCUGCACCACCAUCACCCCCCGACAGAGCAACACACGCUGUGAACCAGGGAUCAAGGGAACACGGGCGAAACGAGGCUGGCGGAUAGCAUAAAUCUUAGGUGUUCAGGGGUUUGGGAUAAGAAAUUUAGAAGUUUGGGAAUAUAACUGAAGAGGGAAGUGAGCUAGGAUGAGAAGUUGGGAGAGAUUGGGUGAGAUGCAGUAUGUACAGGGAGAAACCUUUUAUGUUUGGGAGAAUAUGGGGGCCUUUACGCCUCUGUUGCUUUUAGAGACAUCGGACACGUACUCAGGCCAGGAAUGUGAAACAAUGAAGAGCCUCUGAACUGGCAGUAGGAUCUUUCUCCCACCCCGCCACUUUAUCCCUCUGUCUCUCAGUCUCACUUCAUCUGGACCUGCCCUCUUUGCCUUAUAGUGAAGCUACACACAAACACUAAUGAGGAGUAAGACGCUGCCAGUAGUUAUUAAAGGGACUCAGGGAGGGAUUAAGAAGUAAACUAUUAGGGGGAAUGUGAACUCUGUCGGAUUGGGAUUGCUUCAGUUUCCACACAACCACACAUGCACGCACUGGACUGAACAACCAGUGGUCAACCAGUGAGCCUCUGACAACAGCACAUGUCCUCAAUGUCCCAGCCUAUAAACUGUGCUGAGAAAUGUGGUGGCCAGUGCACAUGUUUUUGAGAAGCAGCUCACCUGUUGUACAUACCUGGAGGCCAUGGCUGCGAUACGGCGGAGCAGAGAGCAAGCCCCGGACACAUGUUUGUUUAUUUCACCACUGUACAGAAGACUUGCGCAAGAAACACAUGUUACCACUCACCCAACAGGAUGUUCUGUCCCGGGCGGCUCACAAAUUCCUAUCUGUCAACCCCAUAUACAGUCUCACACACAGACAAAAUCAGUUUUAGUCCUGGCACUGUGCCAAGCACUGAACAAAAAAAAGAAAAGAAAAAAAGAAAAAUCUCGACUCACUAGAUCUGCUGGGCAGCAAGUUGGGAGCAAAGGAUUAUGGGUGCUGUGACAUCCUUGGCAUUCUGGGAAAGGCUUUUUCCCAGUCUUCUGGACUUCAGUCCCUUUCUCUGUCCUCGUUCACACUCACACACGAAAAGAAAACAGCUUAAAAUGUGAAUUUUUAAAUUGGUAAACAUGAUUUUUACAUCCGCUUUUCCUCUGUCCCCAUGGUGUUUUUACUGUUUUUUUUUUUUUUGUUUUUUUUUCUUUGUAAGAUUUUUUUUCUGUCAACAGGUGUGCAAGUGUUGCGGUGAUUGUCCCUGUCUGUGCACCCGCAUCCACGCCUCUCUGUUUAACCUGAACUUCCCCGUCUUUUACGGAUCGUUGAGAUAAUUCCAGUGUUGGCCCUUUACCUGUCACGUCGCUUCUUUCACGCUGUGGCGGUCUUACUAGUGAGCCAGUGCUGCCCUUUUCAUAGAAAGGACCUUUUUUUAAGAAAUAAAAAUAAAAAAAAGCACUUUUCUGAGCACUUUGAGGGCACAUUUUAAACUGUAAUUGCCAUAAAGUGACAACCACUUUAUAGUCAGUCCACCCUACUUUCUCUCUCUGGGAGCCCACCACUGACAUCUAGAGGAGGAGAUGGGUAUCACCUCCACUGCUGCAUGGGCGUAGCACCGUUCCCCUGCUGUGCUUUUUGUAGCGACAGAUUCUUAUGAAGGUGCAAUUGUAAAGAUCGUCAUCACACAUCAGCUGGGAUUAAGGUUGGUAGAACAAGAGCUGUUUUAACUCGAGUGCAAAUCAAUAAAGGUUUUAAAGAUCCAGAGAGUGUAGCUGCAAAAGCAUGUGGCCACGUUGCAGUUUGUUUGAAUGAAAUUACCUCGCUGUCUUUUAAAGUAGCUGUCCGCUUUCUUGUGGACAGCGAUUCAGUUCUCAGUCCUAAGUAGAAGAGUUGGUCGGUUCCACCUCCCAGACAGACUGAGGUGCAAUGUGGAAUCAGGGGCCAGAUAUGAGAGCUGGAAGCAAAGCUCAAGCUUUUGGCAGGAGGGAGGCAUUUUAUCCUUGGAAAAUAAUUGGAAAUCCUCGCUACAGGCCUCAGCGGCGGCCACGGGGUUAGGAUUCUCGGAUGGAGUCUUACACCUGGCUGUGAUGGACUUGGAAAUAUAAUGCACGAGGGUGUAACCAUACAGUCUACGGGUGGAACCAGUAAGCACUGUGCCCCGACUACCCCCCCACCCCCCCCUGCUGUCACCGUCGUGCCACAGCAUCCCCCCAAAGUCACAGCCUGCCCAAAAGAGACAGUCAGGUCUGCGAGAGACAGCAGAGAGAACAGACAGUCCAUUCAUCCGUCUGCAUGACUGGAGUGGAGAAUCACAAAAUUCUUCAGCGUAGCCUGCAGUUACCGUGGAAACGGGCGAGAUGCGGCUGGAGAAUCGCUGAGCCCCGAUCGAAGCGGGUUCGUGUGUUCACGCACGUGUCUCUGGGUUUUGUGAGCUCGACAGGAAAGUGUGCUCAUGUGAAGUUAAUGACGAGCAGGUGCUCCUAAAGACGUAUUACAUCCGUACAUGUCCUUACAAAAAAAAGUUUCAACCAAUCGCUGACCACUGAAAGAGAUUGCAUCAGUCUACACUAUUCAUUUAGAUGUGUGUGUGUGUGUGUGUGUGGUGUAAGAAAGAGACUGAGGAACUAAGUGUCCGAGGGUUCGAGGUAACGCCUGGCUGACGGCCAGACGCCAGCGUGAUCCACACGGACGUGAAGGGAAGGAAUGCAGCUCUCCUUGCAGUUGUUGCCCAACCGUGUAACCCCGUUAGCUCGUCCAGAUUACACACACUGAUCCUCAGAGAGAGUGUGAGAGCGAUAGGGGGGAGGGAGGGAAGACGGACAGCCAAAUGGGUGAAUGGGAUCAUUAUUUGGGAGAUGGAGGGAGGAAGGAGGGGUGACCGCUGGUACUUGUGUGUGAACGCCGGCCAGCGGCGUUCCCUGUGUAUAUCAACGUGUUAAUACUGAAGUGACUGUGAGGCCUGAGACUCCGGAGAAAAGGGUUGAGGGAGAGACGGGAGGCAAAGCGACGAUGAGGGAGGACAGUGGAAUUCAAAAAUGUGACUCUGGUUCAGUGAUGAAAUGUGGCUGCAUUGCUUUUCUCUUUUUUUUUCUUCAUUUUUUUUUUGUUUUGCAACAAUGGUGACAGAUGUCUGUUAAGUUAAAUCGAGAAACAAGCAAAACUAUAUUCAAAUGGUUGUUUAUCGGUAUGUUUAGGGGGUCUAACACUUUGCCCUUUAGUCAGUGGUGAUUAGAAAAAAUGUUUCUUUUUAUGUUUUAUUUUAAUAAUUAAAAAAAAAAUACAAAGCAUUUUUUAACAAUUUAUUUGUGAACAAUUGAGAGAGCAGUCCAGUAUAGUGCAUGAUUUCUUCCCAGCCGAGGAAGAGGGCUGCAACACUCUCACUAUUUAAGAGAUGAUGAAAAAAUAUAAAAGGGGGGUUAAAAAAAAGACGGAAAAAAAUAAAGACAUAAAUGAAGUACUGUAAAGUGAAAAGAUAACAUCCAACAAAAAAACUGUCAAUUAUUUGCUGAGUAUGGUAAUUUGUCUCAAUGGGAAUGGUGUAUACAGCAAGGCCUUAUGUGAUCUGUAUCAUAGUUAAUAAAUCAAAUCUUGUUAAAA